GAGGAGCUGUGGCUUCCGGAGCCGCUUCUUCCGCAGGGAGCAGUUUCUCCGUAAGGCUGGUGCCGAUUUAGUGUCUUUGCUUGUUAUGGCCGCUGCCGUCGCUAUGGAGACAGAUGAUGCUGGCAAUCGACUUCGGUUUCAGUUGGAGUUGGAAUUUGUGCAGUGUUUAGCCAAUCCAAAUUAUCUUAAUUUUCUUGCCCAAAGAGGUUACUUCAAAGACAAAGCUUUUGUUAAUUAUCUUAAGUACUUGCUUUACUGGAAAGAACCAGAAUAUGCCAAGUAUCUAAAGUACCCUCAGUGUUUACACAUGUUAGAACUGCUCCAAUAUGAACACUUCCGAAAGGAGCUGGUGAAUGCUCAGUGUGCGAAAUUUAUUGAUGAACAGCAAAUUCUACACUGGCAGCACUAUUCCCGGAAGCGGAUGCGCCUUCAGCAAGCCUUGGCAGAGCAGCAACAGCAAAAUAACACAUCAGGAAAAUGAAAAGCUGGAUACAGACCAGGCUCUUAAGACUGUAUAUAACGCAUGUAUAUAAUGUAUUUCUUCUUUUGUAAAGUGAAGACAAAAGACUUUAUCUACCUUUACUGUGGUAGCACCUAAACUCUUUAGUGUGUUUUUUUUUUUAAUCCAACUUUCUGUUAAUAGAUUAUUUCCUUUACAUCAGAAUUGUUCU